GACCCUGUGGGAGCAACGGCGGCAGGAAUACUGCGGCUGUUGCAGAGGCUGGUCGCGCUCGGUAUUCAUGGAGCGAGCUGAGGGUUCCAGUACAGAACUUGCGAAGGCCAUCAAACCUAUCGAUCGGAAGUCAGUCCAUCAGAUUUGUUCUGGGCAAGUGGUACUGAGUCUAAGCACUGCUGUGAAGGAGUUGGUAGAAAACAGUGUGGAUGCCGGUGCCACUAAUAUUGAUCUAAGACUUAAAGACUAUGGGGUGGAUCUCAUUGAAGUUUCAGACAAUGGAUGUGGGGUAGAAGAAGAAAACUUUGAAGGCUUAACUUUGAAACAUCACACUUCUAAGAUUCAGGAGUUUGCUGAUCUAACCCAUGUUGAAACGUUUGGUUUUCGGGGGGAAGCUCUGAGCUCACUUUGUGCACUGAGUGAUGUAACUAUUUCUACCUGUCACACGUCUGCAAAGGUUGGGACUCGAUUGGUGUUUGAUCACAGUGGGAAAAUUGUUCAGAAAACCCCUUUCCCCCGGCCAAGAGGGACCACAGUCAGCGUGCAGCAGUUAUUUUAUACGCUACCUGUGCGUCAUAAGGAAUUUCAGAAGAAUAUUAAAAAGGAGUAUGUCAAAAUGGUCCAGGUCUUACACGCCUACUGUAUCAUUUCAACAGGCAUUCGUUUAAGUUGCACUAAUCAGGUUGGACAGGGAAAACGUCAGCCUGUGGUUUGCACCAGCGGAAACGCCAGCAUAAAGGAAAAUAUUGGAUCUGUGUUUGGACAGAAGCAGUUGCAAAGCCUCAUUCCUUUUGUUCAGCUGCCCCCUAGUGAAUCCGUUUGUGAAGAGUACGGUCUGUGCUAUUCUGAAGCUGUGCAGAAUCUGUUUUGUAUCUCAGGUUUCGUUUCACACGGCGCACAUGGUGUUGGAAGGAGUUCAACUGAGAGACAGUUUUUCUUUAUCAAUCGGCGGCCUUGUGACCCAGCAAAGGUUUCCAGACUUGUGAAUGAGGUCUAUCACAUGUACAAUCGACACCAAUAUCCAUUUGUUGUUCUUAACAUUUCUGUUGAUUCAGAAUGUGUUGAUAUCAAUGUUACCCCGGAUAAAAGGCAAAUUUUACUACAAGAGGAGAAGCUUUUGUUGGCAGUUUUAAAGACCUCUUUGAUAGGAAUGUUUGAUAGUGAUGUAAACAAACUUAAUGUCAGUCAGCAGCCACUGUUGAAUAUUGAAGGGAAAAUCGUGAAGAUGCACUCGGCGGAGAUGGAAAAGCCUCUGCCAGAAAAGCAGGAAAGCCCUGCUUUGUUCCAGACUCAAGGAGAAGGAAAACGGGCAGUGACUAUUUCCAGACUGAGAGAGGCCUUUUCUCUUCAUCACACAGCAGAGUACCAGCCUCAGGGCCUGAGAACUCCUGAGCCGAGACGGGUUGCUCCUGGGCCAAGAACAAGGGUACCGUUUUCUAGCAAGUCAGACACCCUGCGCCCCCAGAAGCCUGUCUCUGGCAGGGGCGUGUGUAGCCCUCAGGACAAGAAGGUGCAUCCAGAUGAGGACCCCUGUGACUAUAGGGACACAGUGGAGAUGGAGAAGGACUCAGGGCACGACAGCACCUCAGUGGGCUCAGAGGUGGGGGACAGCACCCCAGAGACGGGCAGCCACUUCAGCAGCGACCAGGCAACCAGCUCCCCUGAAGACGGAGUUUCACAAGAAAAGGUGGAAUCUUGUGAGAAAGUACCUGAAAUGGACUGUCCUUUUUCAGAUGUGGAAUGCCACGUAGACCAAGAAGAUACUGGAUAUAAGUGUAGACUUUUGCCACAGCCCACUAAUAUCUCAUCCUCAAACAUAAAACUUUUUAAAAAAGAAGAAAUUCCUUCAAGUUCUGACAUUCCUCAAAAGUUGAUUAAUUCUCAGAACAGUUCAGUAUCUCUGAUUGAUGUAGCUGUUAAGAUUAAUAAGAAAAUUGUGCCUCUUGAUUUCUCCAUGAGCUCUUUAGCUAAACGAAUAAAGCAGUUAAAUCAGCAAGAACAGCGAAGAGAAGAGAAACAGAAUUAUAGGAGAUUUAGGGCAAAGAUCUGCCCUGGAGAAAAUCAGGCAGCAGAAGAUGAGCUAAGGAGAGAGAUAAGUAAAACGAUGUUUGCAGAAAUGGAAAUCAUUGGUCAAUUCAACUUGGGAUUUAUAAUAACCAGACUGAACACGGAUAUCUUCAUAGUGGACCAGCAUGCGACAGAUGAGAAAUACAACUUUGAGAUGCUGCAGCAGCACACCGUUCUCCAGGGCCAGAGACUUAUCGCACCUCAGACUCUCAAUUUAACUGCAGUCAAUGCAGCUGUUCUGAUAGAAAAUCUGGAAAUUUUCAGAAAGAAUGGCUUUGACUUUAUAAUUGAUGAAGAUGCUCCGGUCACUGAAAGAGUUAAGUUGAUUUCCUUGCCAACUAGUAAAAACUGGACCUUCGGACCCCAGGACAUAGAUGAGCUGAUCUUUAUGCUGAGUGACUGCCCUGGGGUUAUGUGCCGACCUUCCCGAGUCCGGCAGAUGUUCGCCUCCAGAGCCUGCCGGAAGUCUGUGAUGAUUGGAACGGCUCUUAACACAAGUGAGAUGAAGAAGCUCAUCACCCACAUGGGCGAGAUGGACCAUCCCUGGAACUGCCCCCACGGAAGACCAACCAUGAGACACAUCGCCAGUUUGGAUGUUGUUUCUCAAAACUAAUCAGCGUUCUUAUUUUAUAGAAUUAUGGAUUGUGUUGCAGAUUCUUCUCUUUUGAAAGGCAGUGUUUUAACUAACAAACAUUAUCCUGAGUCCUUUGAAAAGGUCAAACCAGGUGGGGCAUUGCUUGCAACAUUUUUUUGUUACACAUAAAAUAAGGACUGUGGAAGCUCCCCAGACUUCUGCUCCGGUCUGAUGUAAUUUGGUCUCAGCUUUCAGCCUUUUAUGGUGAUUAAAUUUGUGUUGGUUUAAUUUCAUGAAUUUAAAAUUAUAGUCCUUUUGGUUUCAUGGUUCUCAACCCUGAUGCACACUGAAUUUUAGAAAGUAAUAAUCCAAAAAUGCAAGGGGACUACUCUUCCCUGCUAGAAGAAAAUGACUUGAGUGGGACCCAGGUAACUCUUUGUAAGCGUUCCC